AUGGGGCGGAACGGGAGAGAGAAGAAUUCGUCGAGCUACCGACGGGCUUCUGAAGAGCCCAGCAGAAUUCGAGACAAGUACAGCCCAGCUUGUUCCAUCGUAGUAAACCUGGGAUCCGACUAUUCCCGUGGCGAAAGCACGUUAUUUGUUGCCACCAUGGUGCGCCCGGAGAAACGAAUCAAAACUGAAGCAGACUUGCAAGUAUUUCUCCAAUCUCGACAGUUUGCGGAACUAUGGGCGUUCCUGUUGCGGUUGAACCAAUCCGUUAAGAACAAGAAGCGAAGUGCAGUUAGUCGCUCCGAUGUUUCGAAGAGCGUUCUUCGCACCCUCGAGAUGUUGGAAAAGUUGGAGGAGUGGAUACACGACCUCCCACCGGUGAAACAACCCUCGCGCUUUGGGAACGCGGCGUUCCGUUCAUGGCAUUCGCGUUUGUGUGACCGGGCUCUGAUGCUUAUGAGUCCAAUUGUUGACGCUGUCGGGGAGGGCGAGUACACACGCAUCACUGGGACGUCGAUGGAAAUGCUGAUCGAGGAGUUGGCGGAGUACCUGAAGACAAGCUUUGGGAAUGAGACUCGUAUCGACUACGGCUCCGGGCACGAGGCGCAUUUUUUAGUGAUGUUAUACUGUCUCUGGAAGAUUGGGGUUUACGGAGAAGAAGACGACGAGGACCUGGUUUUGUUGGUAUUCCAGGCAUAUCUCAACGUGACACGGUUGCUUCAGAGGGAGUACAUGCUAGAACCGGCGGGAAGCCAUGGAGUGUGGGGGUUGGACGACUAUUCGUUCCUUCCGUUUCUAUGGGGUAGCUCGCAGCUGGAAGACUCCAAGAGAAUCCCACCAUCCGUGAUCUCAGAUGACGCGAUGUUGGCCGAGCACAGGGAAGAGUAUUUGUACUUGGAUGCGAUUGCGUUCAUCAAAGAAUUGAAGACGGGACCUUUCUUUGAGCAUUCACGGAUGCUGUUCGAUAUCAGCCAGGUGAAAGAAGGCUGGCCAAAGAUCAAUCAGGGGAUGAUUAAGAUGUACAAGGGGGAGGUGUGGAAGAAGCGACCUGUGAUUCAGCAUUUCCUGUUCGGGAGCGUGUUCAAGUACCAAAGCCGAGCCAAUGAGGAAAGCAACUCGAACGCGCGGUUGGAGUUUUUCGAUGAAGCAUCUCUACGUUUGAACCAAGACGCCCUCCGCGAUGUCUCCGCUGUCAAGGCAUGUUGCUCGUAG